AUGUUUGACAACUGACGUCAUUAUUAGUUCUUCUAAAUGGGUGUGAUUUAUGUUCAAUUUUAAUUUAACAAAAUUUUAAUUUAUAUUUUUGUUUGUUACAUUCAACAACGCCUACACACCGUAAAAAAAAUAACUCUGCUCCAUUUUGGUACUUUAUUUAUAUUUUCGUUUCCAGCUGAAUAUUGUCCGAAAUUUUUGUAAAGAAAAUGCCCCCAGUAACAGGAAUAACACCAAACCCAAACAUGUCACUGGGUAACAUGUUUUGUUCGCGCUGUGAGGAAGGCUUCGAGCCUCACGAAAAGAUUGUCAAUUCGAAUGGCGAAUUAUGGCACACUCAAUGCUUUGUUUGUGCGCAGUGCUUCCGUGCCUUCCAGGAUGGCAUUUUCUACGAAUUCGAGGGACGAAAGUAUUGUGAACGAGAUUUUCACGUUUUGUUUGCGCCGUGCUGCAACAAGUGCGGUGAAUUCGUCAUUGGUCGUGUCAUCAAAGCGAUGGCAGCCAAUUGGCAUCCCAGCUGCUUCCGAUGUGAAAUGUGUUCCAAUGAAUUGGCGGACUGCGGUUUCAUACGCAAUCAAAAUCGUGCCCUGUGCCAUGAAUGUAAUGCCAAAGUGAAAGCUGUCGGACUUGGAAAAUACAUGUGUAAUAAGUGCCAUGGCAUCAUUGAUGAUGCUCCGUUACGAUUCCGCGGUGAAGUGUAUCACGGCUACCAUUUCAACUGUACCUCGUGUAACGUUGAAUUGGACUCGACUGCCCGUGAGGUGAAGAGUCGUCCGGGCUUUGCGGCAAAUGACAUGAAUGAAUUGUAUUGCUUGCGUUGCCACGAUAAAAUGGGCAUACCGAUUUGUGGAGCUUGUCGUCGUCCGAUUGAAGAAAGAGUUGUCACUGCUCUGGGAAAGCACUGGCAUGUUGAGCACUUUGUCUGCGCCAAAUGCGAGAAACCGUUUCUGGGCCAUCGUCAUUAUGAGAAGCGUGGCCUGGCCUACUGCGAGACGCAUUACCAUCAAUUGUUCGGUAAUUUGUGUUUCGUAUGCAAUCAAGUCAUUGGCGGUGAUGUUUUCACCGCACUUAACAAGUCCUGGUGUGUUCAUCAUUUCGCUUGUUCCGUAUGCGAUAUGAAAAUGACGCAAAAGUCAAAGUUCUACGAAUACGACGAGAAACCGGUGUGCAAGAAGUGCUACGAACGUUUUCCGAAUGAACUGCGGCGUCGGCUUCGUAUAUCUCAUGAGAAUACGAUGAAGAAAGCGGCCUAGGGUGGGACGGAAAAAAGUCGAUUGGAUGUGUUGAAGUGACAAUGUUAACAAAAUCGAAAUAUUUUAAUGAAAACGAAAAUGUUACUGCGUGUGACCGACCAACUAAUAAACCAGUAGAGGAACAAAAAAAAA